AUGGACAGCACAUCACCAGAACUCCCGCCAUACGCCAUGCCCGUCGACUUCUCCUCAAUGGUUGGCACAACCCCCUACGACAUCAUCGCCGCGCAGUUCACCUCACGUAUCAACUCCAACGAGAAUGGCUACUGCACUCCGACGUCACUAUGGUCUAGCCCUCAAAGCCCGACCUCCAGCAUCGACCACAGCAAGGCAGACGACUCGCACGAUGACGCACACUCCCCCACCAGCGGAUCCGAAGAGUCUUCAAAGCCCCAGAAAGGAAGACGGGGCAACAGAUAUAAGAACUGCAGCGAGUCAGUGCUAUCAAAGCGCCGCGCCCAGAACCGCGCCAACCAGCGCGCCUACCGAAAGCGCAAGGAGUCUCGACUCGAGGAGCUCCAGGCCCAGAUCCAGGACAUGAGUCAGAAGAACGACGCGCUCUGCUGUGCUUACAGACUCUUGGCCAACGAGUGCUGCAGGCUCCGCGCGAGCCAGCAGAUGUCUGCUGCUGUUGCGGGGCAGGCUCCGGCAUGGGACUUGAUGAGCAACACCAACGCCAAUAACGGGGCCGGGAGCUUGGCAUUGGACAUGUCUGCGCUCGACGCAUACCGCAUCGUUCCUCCUCCCGUCUCGACUUCGAGUCCCGUCCCCGAGUCAUAUCUCGACUAUCCCGGGAGCCCCGAUAAGUUGUGGAGCCCCUAUUGA